AGUUGAGAAGGCUGCUGGCAGCAAUCCACAUAAUUAUAUAUCGGCUGGUGGGGGUGGUAACAAAAGGGGGUGGUCCAUGAUGCAAAAGGGGGUGGAGCAACAUACCAUGAUGCAAAAAGGGGUGGAGCAACAUCGCAUGAUGACCAGAAGGCUGAAAAAAACGUAAGUUCUUAACGAAUUGGGGGCGGGCCAAGGGCUUUUUUUAAGGGUAUUACAAAUUUACUGGAAACUACAUUGAUUGUGUGGAUGCACAAUAAACACUAAUUAGCAGGUAUCCUGCCUUAAGCUUCUUGAUUCACAUACUCGACAUUUGAAUCUAUUGCGGGUGAAUUUGUAAUACUGGCCCGGGCCUUGGAAGGUGUUUUACCGGCUGGGCUGGUAACAUAUAGGAACCAUAAUAACAUGGGUACAAUGCAGUGCUUGUAUAACAUUGUGUUUUUUACAGAGUAUAAAUGUGUUAUUUACCCUUUGCUCCUGUCUUCCCCGACAGAUGAUGAGAUCAGUUUUGGAGGGGCUGCAAAGCAAAUUGUUGGCAGAGGAAAAUGAGCCGGAAGAAUAUACUGUGAUCAGUCAAGUUGAGGAAAAGGAGGAAGACCACCUACAGGAAGGUGAACAACAUCAGGAGGAACCAAAAGAGAACGAAGAGAAACAACAGGUGGUGCAGCAACAGGAGGAGGAACAACAUCUGGAACAGGAUGAACAGCUGGAAGGACAGCAGGAACAAGAGGAAGAUGUUCCUGCUGAACAACAUCGGCCAACCCUGAGAAGAAGGGUUACACUCAGACUCCAAAGGAUUUGGGUAAUAUAUCUAAUUACUGGCUUUCUAUUUUCAUAUGCUAAUGCACCUUGUUGGCUCUCAUGUACUUUAUAGCCUUCCAGUCAGGCUGUCUGCCCAAAUGAUUGGAGAUGUUGAAAGGCUGUCAUAGUGUUGCCCUUGUAUGCCCUCUGUAUUUUUUGCAUGUGGCCUGAUCAGUCAGAGAAUUUCCCCAACUGGCCAGG